GUUUCUAUAUUUAUCUGCUUAUCCCUAGAAAAGUCAAGUCAUAGACACACACAACACAGAACUACAGGACUGGUACUUGUACUGUUUUCCUAGAUCUACUACGAGAGAAAUGUCUUUCCAAAAAGACCCUGCCUACCCCCCUGCUGGAAAUGAAAAACAGAGUGGCCAGUACCCUAACAUGGCUACAACUGCACCUAUGGCACCCUACCCCCCACCUGCCUACAACUAUGCCCCACCCCCUUACUCAAGUCAACCACCUAUGAUGCCUGGCCCUGGAUCUUAUCAGUAUCAAACACAGUAUCAGUAUCCACCUGCUGGUGUACAGCAUCAAUCAUACAGUGGUUCAGGUCACAUGAUGGCUCAAGGCCCACCCCCACCAUACAGUGCCUACCAACAGUCUUAUUCUGCAGUCCAGACAGGCUACCCAACACAGCCGGGCUAUGCUUACUCUAAUCAGAAUGUAACAGCCGUGGCACAUUUUGAUUCAGGUGCCAGAUUUGAUGGUGUUGCCUCCCAUAAUAUUCCUCCUCCACCCCCUGGGUGUGCUCCAAAUGCUGCACAGAUGGCUGCCGCACAAGGUGGGACUGUGAUAGCAACACAGAAGAAUGCAGGCUGGUUAAGUGGUGGCAGUGGAGGGGGUAUCACAUUCUGGUAAUUUCCACUUUUGCCUCUGGUGGCGGAAAACAAACUAUCACAGCAGACCAAGAUAAAAAAAUGACAAGUUUCGUUGUUUUUUAAAAUUAAUAUAUACAAAUUAAUGGUUUACAAAUAAUUACAGUAGUUACCAUAAAAUGUUGCUCAGGGUAUAAUUUUAUACUUUUGAUUUUCUUUUAUUCUAAAUUAUGCAAUCCUAUAAGUAUAAAGCAUAAGGGUGUUAUCCAUUUAUUUUUUACUGCAGACACUGUAUUACAGCAUCCUGUCUUUUAUUCUUAAAGAUUUCUCAUUUUAAAAUCAUUAUGUUUACUGUGUAUUUUGAAAAUUGUUGAUUUUAAUUUAUCAAUAUCUAAUUUGUAACAUUUUUGUGUGGGUUUAAAGAAUUACUAAUAGUUUUUAGUUAUUUAUAUUGUUCCUUAUUGUACAGUUUAUAGUAAUCAAGUGACAUUGUUAAUUUAUUGGUAAUAUUAUAAAUAAUUUUAAUUACAUUUUUUACAUGAUAACUUAUUUUUUAAAGUCAGUUGAACCUAUUAAUCAGUAUAUUUUUAUUUUACUUUAUUAAGAGAGUGUUAAAAUUGUGAUUCAGCUUUACCCUUUGUUUAUUCACUAAUUUCUGUUAACCAGUGUAGGCCUACUUAUGUGUUUUAAUGCAUCAAGCUAAUGUAGAGUUUUUGUGUAUCUGUAUAAAAAAAAAAGUACAGAAAGGAUAGUUUAAAUAUUGGACAAUCACUUUAAGAUGUUGAAAUAAAUUUUGAGUAGAUUUUUCUUACAUUUUAUAACUUUUUAUAUUCAGUUUUAGACCAAAAGAAUUGUCCAUCUUUUUUUAUUUAUUGUAACCUAGGGUAAUACUUUGCUGUUUAUAAUUGACAUGAAAAACAGAAGCAUAAAGCUGUCUUUGCUUUACAAUUGCAAGACCAACAUUCCACUGACACCGUUUGCCAAUGAUCUGUGAUGUAUUAUUCAGUCCAUACAUUAAUUUUUUAAAAUUUUAUUUGCUGGAGUGAUUCAUUACAUGUUAAAGGUACACAUUAAGUAGUUUGCUUAAAGCUUGUUGAAGUAAAAUGAAAAUUGUCUUUUAACCCUUGAAUCCCUAAGUAUUUGCCCAAGAAAAUUGCUUUGAUUAAGUCCUUUGACAUACACAUACUAAUAAUUUAUCAAUAUCUCAUCUUUAGUGCAUCGGUUAAUUAUUAUGAAAGAUGAGAAGUCAAACUGAAAUCUGUAUUUCUUUUUAUAAAUAUUUAAGUCAUGAAACAAUAGUUUUAACUUAAUAUAAAUAUUAAUUAUUCCUAUUAAUAUUAUAUUAAUUAAUAUAACUUAAAAUAAAUAUAACUUAAUAUUAAUAAAUUAAGUAUCUCUGUAAAAAUUUAUAAUGAAACCUAGAAUUGACAACCCACUGGAACACUAUAAAGAGGCAAAUUUUAGGGUUGAAAGGGUUAAUUUACUUUAAUCUUUGUUUUAGAAAUAAUUAAGUUAAAUAUAAUGAACUUGAGACGAGAAUUCCAACACUUCUGUAUUUCAUUGUUCAACUACGAUGUUUUGUGUAGAUACACUAAUUUGAAUGCAAAACUAUUCUAAUUUUUUUUAGCUUUAAGGUUUAGUAAAACAUCAAGAUUUUAUGUUAGGAAUCAAUUGUCUUAUGGUCAUGAGAAGUGCAAAUGUUCUGUUUGAUUGUGGAGAUGUCUUAAUUUCACUCAAAACAUCUCAAAAUUUAAUUUUUGCGUUGUUUAAAUACUGUCCCUGAUCUAUAUCAUUCUGGUGGUUUCUUCAUUCAGUUAACAAAUUUACACUACUUCAAUAACUAAGUGUUAGGUAAAACAUUCUAUGUUAAAUUAGCCAGUAUUAUUUUUUUAAACAUGCUUGCAGUAGUUUAUUUUUAUUUAUAAUUCACUGUAGAUAAUUACUUGUGAUGGAACUUAUGCUUUCAUUUAGCUGCGAUAAAAAUAUUUACAUGUUGCUAUAUACUAAAGCUAUAAAUUUUUGUAAACGUUUUUGUACAAGAAGACUUUGAUCUUUCUAUAUAAUUUUUUUAAACAUGUAUUGUCUACAGAUUUUCAACAUGUCAUUUGCAUAUUAUUCAAAAUAAAAGUUGUCUCACAACCAA